GUGGCCAGGGAGGCCAUAUAUAAGCUAAGGUGCAGGCGGGUGCCUGCGUAGUUCGCGUUGGGACUCUUAUAGUGCGUGUUGUCUGUAUUAGCUACGAAUUUAAAUAGGAAAAAUGGCAUCAGAUGAAGGCAAACUCUUUGUUGGUGGGCUGAGCUUCGACACUAACGAGCAGUCUCUGGAGCAGGUUUUCUCCAAAUAUGGACAGAUAUCUGAAGUUGUUGUUGUAAAAGACAGAGAAACCCAGAGAUCCAGAGGGUUUGGCUUUGUUACUUUUGAGAACAUUGAUGAUGCAAAGGAUGCAAUGAUGGCCAUGAAUGGAAAGUCUGUUGAUGGCCGCCAGAUCAGAGUGGACCAAGCAGGCAAAUCGUCUGAGAACAGAUCCCGUGGUUACAGAGGAGGCUCGGCUGGAGGCAGAGGCUUUUUCCGUGGGGGCCGAGGGCGGGGUCGGGGCUUCUCGAGAGGAGCUGGUGGAGACCGAGGCUAUGGUGGUGGCAGUAGGUUUGAAUCCCGGAGUGGGGGAUACAGUGGAUCCAGAGACUACUAUGGCAGCAGAAGUCAAGGCAGUUACAGUGACAGACCUUCAGGCGGUUCCUACAGAGACAGUUAUGACAGUUACGCUACACACAACGAGUAAAAAACCUACCUGGCUCAAGAUCGUCCUUCCAAUGGCUGUAUUUAUAAAGAUUUUUGGAGCUUCGCUGAAACCGUUCUUGUGUAGUCAUCUCCUUUGUAUUCUCACUUUUGUAGUAAACUUGCAGUUCUGACCUUGUCAAACAAAAGCAAAACAAACCCACAGCCUGACAGCUUCUAAUAUGUAACGGUCUGUUCAGACCCAAAGAAAGCUCUGGGUUUUUCCCCUCUCUCAAGUGUUUUAAAGUUUUUUUUAAAAAAGCCCUAAGAAUUUUAGUUCACUUGUGAGCAGCAUAUGUGCGCGUGUCUUAAUUUUUUUUAAAGAAAAAAAUUGAAGGUUUGGGGGCCCUAUUUUUUGUUCUGGACAAGAAAGGACUUUAACUGUUCUGUAGAAGCUGACCAAGCUGUGAACUCAGUUUUCUGUUAGUGCAUCGCUCUGUAACAUGAACUUUAGGUGUAGCAAGGUAGGCAUACUGUAGCCUGGGCACGAAUUUUAAAAGGCCACCCACCCACCUUGAUAUAUCUAAAGGGAUUUCUUGCUUGUAUGUUCAUCCUGCAAUUAAGAGACUUUAACUUGUAUGCCAUAAAACGUAACUCAGAGAGACUCUGCUAAUCUUAACCAUGCAAGAGGUUCAUGGAAAAAAUGUUUGUUUUUAUUGUCCUUUUUUUACUGAAAGAAAAGUAAUGCCUAAUUCAAUUGAUGUUGUAAUUUUGAAGUGGUGAAAAGGAUUUCUUGUACAGUUUUUCUUUGGCUUCACGAAGCCUAUUAAAGGUCCAUCUGAAAACCAA